AUGGAUAGCGGCAGGCUGGAGGCGGCCCCUUCCGGGGCGGUACACUUGGACACAGUGAGGGCCUUGCACCAGACUGUAGUCUCACUUAGAACUGCACUUGAGGUCUCCAAGAAUGAACUGAAACAGUUAAAAGAAAAAUAUGAACAGCACUCUCAUUGUUUAGAAUAUGCUGAUGUUAUAGAAAAAUUGACUUUGGAGAACCACAUUUUGAGGCGGAGGAUUAUAGAAUCUGAUUAUCAAGAAAAGGAACCUGAUGCACAGAACAUAAAGUUGGAAGUUACUUAUAGCCCUAAUACACAUAAUAUUGAAGAGUUCACAAGUAGUGAAGUGGUGAUUGCAACUGCUACAGACAGGAACAGCACUAUUGAUGAGUUAGAGCCCAUUCCUCAGGAAUCUGAUGAGAAUAGCAAUUUCUGUUCGGCUGAAAAGUUGAAUGAGAUCCCAGAGGAUGUAGAACAAUUUUCUGAAGCACCAGAGUCUCCUGCAUUCAAUGAGUCUGCAGAGUCAGUACCCCCUGAUGAUGUAAAUAACAAUACAGAAGUAGGAGAAAUCUCUCAGGUCUCAAGUUUGCCCAAAGAAACUGAGGAACCUGAAGAACUCCAUCAACCAAGUUUUAAGACUAAGCUUGAACUACUAUCAAAGUUUGAUGUACGAAUUAAAGUGCGGACUUUGAAAGAAGGUACAAUUGUUUCUAGCACCACAUCAGACAGCGAUUCUUCUGAAGACAGAAGAGCCUUUGAGAAAGAUUCUGCAGUAUUUACUGGUCAACAUUUUCAAGAAAAAAAGGGACAGAUUGAUAAUAAGACAGUGAAUAUAAAGUCUAUGACUACAGACAACGUCAGGAUGGCUGUCCCAAAUGAAGCAGAUGUUAAAAGCAAGUCCGACAAGUUUGAUGUCCAAGUGAGGAUAACCUCGGAGGAAAAUCUUGUUGUGAAGGAAAAUAUUGAGAGGAGCAGAAGAAAGGAAACGCUGAACUUGGAUGUUGAUGAUUUGAGUCUUAGAUUGACGCCGAAUCUCUAUGCUCCAGUCUUCAACGUCAAGAAACCGUUCAGUUCUAUCAUAAUACCAAUAUCGUUGUCUGAAGGUGACAACUCAGUGUUUUCUGAAGGGGGCACGACCCCUAUAGACCCGAAUGCUGGUGCAGCAAGUGAAGAGAAACAAGAGGAUAAUGCAAGUGGCAACGAAUCGGAAGAGGUCGACGAUAUAGAACUUAUAUUCACUACAGACGAAUCGAAGGAUAUGAGUAAUUUACAGGAGGACCUCGUCUCCAUUCGCGAGGGUGACCAGUGGGCCCCACAAUCCGCAUCUACAGCGAAUUCCACGCCAGUCCUCAUUAAAUUCCACACACUUGACCCUGACUUCCAACCAGGAAAGGAGACUAAAAUCUCUCCAAUAGAGAACCAGGAGAAUAAUGAUCGACCAAUAGAAGUCUCCAAACAGAAGAGGGUCUCGCUCCCAAAUGAUAAAGAGAUCAGACACGUGGCGUUUAAUGGCAAGGGAAGUUUAGAUCUCCCUGGCCGUAGCAUCCUGAAGAGUUGUGACAACAGAUCAGAUAAUAUGCUGUUCAGAAAAAGCCCUAAUGUGAGUGCAAGGAGGUUGGAUAGCAUUGACAGUCUCACUUGCGAGUACAAUAGAGGCCUAAGUUUUGAUAACACCAAGUCUUCGAGCUUCGAACUCGGUUCCAGCAUGGACAUCCUGCAUAGAGAGGAAAGUGUUGACAGUUUCCACAGGAACAUUAACUUAGGCCAUCGGUAUUCGGUGUUCGCCGAAACUGAUAUCUCCAAGUGCGGUACUUCUGAAGAUGACCUGGCUGCUAACUUGAAUGUUAGGAGGAAUACUUGCCCCAAUCCAUUUCAGUACAGGCCCUCGAACUUCCGAGGCGUCUCCCGACCUCCAGGCCCGUUCAAGGCUGGUACGGCCCGUCUCCGACCUGUAUUACGUGAUGGAGCGCACCCUCGCAGGGAGAGCGGCGCACAAACUGACGUAUGCGCAUUGCCACCACGAUGGAGUUCCGACGGAUAUCUUGCACAUAAGCUGCCUAUUCCGCCGACCAGCGUGCCCACAGUGCCGUCCCGCGGGGCGACCACGACUCGACGGCUGACCGUACCGGAUGCGCGACCCCCGCCGCCUGUACGACGUACGGACGAAACGCGACGAGUGCUACUCAGUGACAUUGGUACACUCACUUGUUCCUUCUUUCUUUAUCAUAGGGCGGCAAACGAGCAGACGGAUUACCUGAUGGGUUCACAUCGAUGGUGCCCGAAUUGUCUCGGUCUGCGGACCCGGUGUGGGCGCUGGGCAAGCGACAGUCCCAUCCUGAUGACUCUACCACCACAUCUACUUCUAAAUUCUAGCCGUCCCUGGCGCAGCUCUCUGCCAGACGUCCGUCGUGAUGAUACGGAUGAACUGCUAGAAGAAGCGGAAAUGUUUGUGAGGCGAUCUAUUGACAACCUGCAGGCGCCAUCUAUCGAUUUGGAAAAAUCAAUCGGUGUGACGGGUCAGCCGUACAUUCCUUCGGAACCUCGUCAGCUGAGACUCGGACAUACGGUGAAGGUGAUCACACCGCACGGACGUAUCGCUGUGGGGCGUGUCAGGUACGUGGGCCUGGCCGGCGCGAGUACGGCGACGAGCUCGGUGGUGGUGGGCGCCGAGCUCAUCCACAGCCAGCAGCCAGGCCUGCCGCGCAACGACGGCCUCUACCGCGGACGCCGGUACUUCCUCGCGCCGCCCCUACACACCGCGCUCUUCGUGCCGUUCUCUAAGGUAGUCAUGGCAUGGGCUAAUUAA